AUGGACCUGAGAAGCUUGAUGAACACGUCCGAAGAUGCUGAUCGGUCGAGAGCAUCUGCUGCUGCCGCCGCUGCUGCCGCCGCCGCUGCACCUUCUGCUCCUCAGCCACUCCAUGCGCAAAAGCAGCAGCCGUAUCUUCAACAGCAUCCUCAACAGCAUCCUCAACAACAUCUACAGCAGCAUCCGCAGCAGCCCCAGCAACAUCCACAACACCAUCCGCAACAGCAGACUCCUACGACACCUUCGCAAGCCACUACCGCUUACGCCUUUAGGGAAUCUGCGUACAGCCACGCCUUGCACUCGUCCCCAGGCAAGCAUCCGGCGCCCCAGGAGUAUGCCGUUCAUCCCCAGGCCUCAACCCCGUCCUACCCUCCCAAGUCGCCUUAUCAAACUCCGGGCCCUUACCCCGGCCGUCCGGCACCACCGCCGCUGCAGGCCGGCGCCCCUGGGCCCUAUCCCGAUGCACGAUCUCCUCAGAGCGCCUCUAUGCCCGCUCCUUCGCCGUAUCGUCACACUCCGACAUCGUCGGUGAGUGGCCCCAGUGGUGGUUAUCCCUUUCCUUUCACCGGCCCACCGCAAGAGGUUGCAAGCCCUGUGCAACGACAUCAAUAUCCACCAUCCAACGCGUACCCCCAAAGGGAAAGCUAUUCCCACCCGCCUGGUGCAACCGCACCUCCUUAUCCACAACAACAGCAGCAACAGCAGCAACAGCAGCAACAGCAGCAGCAACAGCAACAACAACAGCAGCAGCAGCCGCCACCACAACAUAUGCCUCAGACACCGCCUAUUGGUACUCCCGGCGGCGCCCAUCCCUAUAUUCACCAACGCUCACAAUCAACACAAUCGACUCCUACUCCUACUUCUGCACAUAGCCAGCAGCAUCCGCAGCAACACGGUCAGCAAUAUCCUCACGGUAGUCCUGUGGCGAAAUCGCACCCGCCGCCUGAGUAUAACCGACAGCACUCGCAACCUCCUACCCCACUGGGCCCGCCCCAGACCGGGCCUCGACAAUCUUCCUCAGCGCCGAGCUUUGCGCAACCACAAAGUCCUUAUCAACAAAGACUGUCCGCAUCGCACUUAGCCCAAGCCACACCUCCACCUCCUCCACCUCGUAUGCCCAGCUCCCACAGCACCCACAGCACCCACGAACGAAGGUCGCUGUCGCAUAGUGAACGCGAUAAAAGUGGUAGCGUCAGCCCCAAGACCCGGGUUCCGAGCUUGCCGAGCAGCCUUGGUGGCCUUCCCGAACCCGAACCGCGACCGCAGCCGAGUGUCGCCAACAUGGUGGAACCCGAACGCGAACGCGCCGCAACUCCCGCCAAGAGAAAGCUUGCCGAUAGAGAUUUGAGCCCUGGAGAACUCGAGAGAAAAGAGCCUCGGCCUCCGCCUGCAGAGGUCAAUGGCGGCCCCAGCAUUGCGAGCUCCCCAAUCGUUCAGCGAAAGAGGAGGGUAUACACGACGCCACCCAUUUGGGCACAAACAUGGAACGCGCGCGAAAACAAGCGAUUGAAGUUGGCCAACUUUGAGCUGCAAAAACGAGGGCCACCACAUGUUAACGGAAAACAAGAGCCCCCCAAGCAAGAAAGCAACACCAGUCGCCAUGCAUCGCCCGAGGCUGCACGAUCCGUUCCUCCCCCGAUGCAGGAAUCGAAAGCAGAGAACCAUCUUGGUCCCUGGGAAGAAAGCAUUCUCGGAACCCGCCCGUACGAGGAAUUGUCAAAGAUGGUUGCCGAUUUCCUCUUCAAGAACGUGUCCCUUCAUCCCGACUCAGGCGAGAUCAUCGGCCGUGGCGUACAGUUCGAAAUUGAGGCCAAAAUGGGUCUACUCAUUGACAGAGACACGAAUGAACGUGUCGAGAGAGCUAUUGGCACCGAGUGCGUUCUGCACGAUACUGGCCGACUGGCUUUUAAGAGCAGCAUGACAGAGGCUCAACAUAGAGGUCUCAACGAUUUCCUCAACCAACUUGUUGUUCAGACCGAUCCGCGGAACCCUAACGCUCGAGGCCGAGUCCAAAUUCAGUACAAACACCGACGGGAAGUUGAUAAGUUCUUUGAGCUGCCCAACUCCUUGCAUGCACGUCUUCCCGGAUGUGUUCGAGCCCUCCUCCCACCCAGGCGACCUGUCAAGGUUCGCGUUACCUACGAUAUGAAGACACAGCAAGUCCUGGCCAUGAUAGUAAAAGCCCGAGUUGCCGACCUUCACAUCCACCUGCCAACAUGCCCCCUUGACUGUCGAAUUAGCAUCAAUCUGGAAAUGGCAUGGGACGGGUCUAUCGAAGAGUUGGAGAGCGUAGCUGUCAGCCAUGCUGAGAGGUACCCCGAUCGCAACAAGGAUCGCCUGAGCUAUAAGCAGAACCACUACCAGGUCGACUUGACGCAAGUGACACAGGUGAUGCCUGGUCCUGGAAAUACCCAACGCGUCGACAAGGAACACGAACUGGAAAUCGAACUGUCACCGGACAUCGUUCUCGAGCAACAACGCCGUGCCAUGAGGAACGAGCCUCACUCGUACCCCCAGCUGGUAGAAGGAUUUAUCGAUAACGUGCGGAUUCUCGCUCGCCGGAGUCGCGAUUUUGUGUAA